GUUAGUCGGUGCCUGCGCAAUGCAUCUCUAGGGCAGGAGUACGCAUGCGCUGCGCUUAGUUACUGCUACGUGUGAAUAAUGGCGGAGCCUCAGGUUCAACAUGAUUCUCGGUGGUUGCCGGACAUGGAGUUCAUUACACAGGAGCUGCAGAAGCAAGACCCGACCUUGCUCUCCGUGGGGAUCGCCCUAAUUGUUGUCGUGCUUAGCUUUGUUCUAUGGAAGAUUCUGCGAGGCAGUCGGACCAGCCGCAGAGCAGUGCUGCUUAUUGGAGUGUGUGACUCGGGAAAAACUCUACUGUUCAACAGGUUACUUACAGGAACAUACAAGAAAACCCAAACCUCCAUCACUGCCAAUUGUGCUGCAUAUAAAGUGAAGAAUGACAAGGGUUCCAGUUUGACGCUUGUUGACCUCCCUGGCCAUGAAAGUUUGAGGCUUCAGUUCCUGGAGCAAUAUAAAGCAUCAGCAAGGGCAUUGCUGUUUGUAGUGGACAGUUCCGCGUUCCAGCGUGAGGUGAAGGAGGUGGCAGAGCUUUUUUACCAACUUUUGACAGAUGUUGCAAUACUGAAAAAUGUGCCACCAAUACUUAUUGCGUGCAAUAAGCAAGAUAUUUCAAUGGCCAAAUCUGCCAAACUUAUACAGCAGCAGCUGGAGAAAGAGCUGAACACUCUUCGUGUCACCCGCUCAGCUGCCCCUAGCAUCUUGGAGAGUGGAAACUCUGGCGUCACGCAGCUUGGGAAGAAAGGCAAAGACUUUGAUUUUACCCAGUUGCCUAUGAAGGUAAAAUUCCUGGAAUGCAGCACUCGGGACAGUAAAGAAGAGGACGGUGAUGCCAAUAUCAGUAAUGUUGAGGGCUGGCUGGCGAAGCUGGUUUGAGAAACUUUUCCCAAGUUGUACAAGGACACAGGUGCUAAGAUGAUGAAACAUUGAAUGGAUUUUUCUGCAUCUUGACUCGUAAGGGAAACCCUUAUUUGGUUGGUGCCUUGUUCAUGACUGCUGCAUUGGUGAGGCUGCCGCUUUCUUACUAUGCUUUAGACAAAAGAAACGUGCAGCUCUGAGGAAACAGUGUCUAUUUUGUCAGCUCUUGUACUCCAUGUCACUUGAACAAUAACCAAAAUGUAAUGAAUUCCUUACAUGCUGGAUUUCCACCUCCCAUUCUGUGCUGAGGGAAUGGUUAAUGCAGAGCAACCUGUAUUUCUCCAGCCUUUGUCUAGCUACAACUUCCACUGUACCAUUUACAGCCUUUGGCAUGGACGUUAGGUACAUGUUUAGACAUCUGGAGGACCACAGGUUGUGUUGUGCCACCAACCAGUGGCUCAGGGGCAACAUGUUGCUCACCAACCCCUUGGAUCUUGCGCUCAGUGCCCCCAAACCAGGUAGUUAUUUUUGAAUUCCUGACUUAGUGGCAAGUUUUGGUUUAAUAAAAACAAGAUUUACUCCCAAAUAAAGCCUCCUGUAAGCUGAUAGAGACUGCCUAAUAGCCAAUCUUAGCCCUUAUUUGGCACCUUCAUGAACUUUUAUAAUGCUUUAGUUGCUCUCCAAGUCUUUUUACAUUUGGCUGUUACUCACUAGUAAGAAAGGCUGGGAACCCCUGCUCUAGGGACAUAUAUUUAUUUUGAAUUUGAACUUUCAAAUAAAUCAGUAUUAAAGUGGAAGUUCACCUUCAGUUUAUUGCUAUGUUUUUUUAUUUAUUUAUUUUGCCAUCCCUCUUUGUUUUAUUCUUUUUAAAACUUCUUCAGUCUG